CAAAUGGUAGCUUCAUUCACUGAAUACCCCAACACAUCCCCGAGUAGUACGUACCUAGUAUAGUUUGUUGAAGAAGAUGGGGAAAUAUGCCCUGGCUUCUCUCUUUCUACUACUAAACUUGGCUGCUAAUUUGCUCACUUCUCUUGCUUUACCCUACUGUCCUCCUCCAAAAUAUCCCCCAAAACUCCCACCUAAACACCCUCCCCACAUAAAGCCACCCUUUCAUCAUCCUCUCCCACCAAAGUCUCGGCCUCCAGUGGUAAAGCCGCCCUACAUACCUAAACCUCCAGUAAAACCCAAGCCUCCUGUUUACCCUCCCUAUGUCCCCAAACCUCCCGUUGUGAAGCCUCCUGUUAUUCCCAAACCUCCCAUUGUUUACCCACCACCAGUAGUGCCGAAGCCUCCCCCAACAGAAAAGCCAUGCCCUCCUCCCCCACCUCAUGCUCUGCCAUCGCCGACUCCACCAGCACCGCAAACAUGCCCCAUUGACGCUCUGAAGCUAGGUGCAUGCGUGGACGUAUUAGGCGGCCUUGUGCACGUAGGGAUUGGCAGUAGUGCUAAGGACACAUGCUGUCCAGUGCUGCAAGGACUGUUGGACUUGGAUGCCGCUGUAUGCCUCUGCACCACCAUUAAGGCUAAGCUUCUGAAUCUCAAUAUCAUAAUUCCCAUCGCUCUUCAGCUCCUCGUUGAUUGUGGCAAAACUCCACCGUCAGGGUUUAAAUGUCCCGCAUAAUUAGGCUGGAAUAUGUGUCGUGGAAGGAAAAUAAAAAGGAAGAUCGAUGUACUUUUUACAGAAUUUGUAUGUUAAUGUUCCGUACGUCCAUCUGCAUCAAAAUGAUAUACUGUGAGAAUAAAUGUUUUAGUGGGCCGGACAAUAGUGUUGCAUGUUUUAUACGCAUGCAGUAGUUCAUGUACGUACGUAUUAUGAAUGAACUUGUUUAAUUUCGUA